AUGAGCAUUUUGGAAGAUGAGGUUGCAAUCUAUUGGGAACCUGAAAUGGCUGCUCCUUUGCAUAUUGCACCUAUCUGUUGGAAAGUUGAAGUACGUGAUACUAUCCAAGGACUGACAGUUCAUGUGCGAGAUGAACUAAAAGGCUAUGGGCCAAUUUUUGAAGAACAGCCCAUUGAUACAGUCUACCCAGAAGAAUCUCCAGAUGGAAGAGUUUCGAUGAAUUGCAGGGCCAGAGGAAUCCCUACUCCUACUUACAAGUGGCAACGCAACAAUCGUGAUGUUGAUAUAAAAAUGUCGAAGGAGCACCACAGUAUGGUAGGAGGUAACCUGGAAAUCAAUAACCCUGAGAAAUCAAGGGAUGAAGGAACCUAUGUUUGUAUAGCAUACAAUAUACAUGGAACUAUAAGGAGCCGGGAAGCAACUUUAAACUUUGGAUAUUUAUAUCCAUUUACACCUGAAGAAAGGCAUGCAGUAAAAGUACGGGAAGGUGUGGGGGCUGUCCUCCUCUGUGACCCUCCACCUCAUUAUCCAGAUGAUCUGAGUUACCGCUGGGUUCUGAACGACUUCCCAGAAUUCAUCACUUUGGAUAAGCGGCGAUAUGUGUCACAAACCAAUGGCAAUCUCUACAUUGCUAAAGUUGAAGCAUCAGAUAAAGGCAACUACUCUUGCUUUGUGACCAGCAACUCAAUCACUAAGAGUGUAUUCAGCAGUUUCAUUCCACUUAUUCCUCAAGCAGACCGUUCAAAAGGCUAUCUGCCAGAUAUCAGAGUGAAGUUCAAAGACACAUAUGCACUGUUAGGACAAAAUGUGACCCUGGAGUGCUUUGCACUUGGAAACCCUGUUCCUGAGAUCAGAUGGAGUAAGUAUCUGGAACCUAUGCCAAGCAGUGCAGAUAUAAGUAUGUCUGGUGCAGUCCUGAAGAUCUUCAAUAUUCAGUUUGAAGAUGAAGGAAUAUACGAAUGUGAAGCUGAAAACCACAGAGGAAAAGAUAAACAUUCAGCAAAAGUUUAUGUUCAAGCAUAUCCAGAAUGGGUGGAGCAUAUUAAUGAUACAGAGAGAGAUGUAGGCAGUGAAUUCCAUUGGCCAUGUACAGCUGCAGGCAAACCUCUCCCAACAAUCCGAUGGCUGAAAAAUGGAUUACCGUACUGGAAAGGAGAACUGAGAUUUUCGCACCUGACAGUUGAAGAUACUGGCAUGUAUCAAUGUGUGGCAGAAAAUACUCAUGGGAUGAUUUAUUCAAAUGCUGAGCUGAAGGUUAUAGUGCUAGCUCCAACCUUUGAAUUCUACCCAAUGAAGAAAGACGUAUUGGCUGCCAAAGGUGGCCAAGCCAUAAUUGAAUGCAAGCCCAGAGCAGCUCCUAGGCCAAAACUCACAUGGAGCAAAGGGACAGAAAUUCUUAGAAACUCAACCCGAAUUCGUAUUUGGUAUGAUGGAAGUCUGGAAAUUAUUAAUGUGACAGCAACAGAUGCAGGCAAUUAUACCUGUUUUGUAGAAAAUGAGAAAGGAAAAGCUAACAGCUCUUCUACUCUUUCAGUUAAAGCUGCUACAAGGAUUGUAUUAGCACCCACUAAUGUUGAUGUCAUUGUUGGACAGAAUGCUACCAUGCAGUGUCUGGCAUCCCAUGAUCUUUCAUUGGACCUGACUUUUAUUUGGCUUCUCAAUGGAUAUCCAAUAGAUGUUGAUAAAGAGAGUGAAUACUAUGAAAGGUCCAUCAUGAUCAAGGACAAUGGUGAACUUAUUGUCAAAAAUGCCCAGCUGAAGCAUGCUGGAAGAUACACAUGCGUUGCUCAGUCAAUUGUUGAUAAUGCCACAGCUUCAGCUGAUCUUGUUGUCAGAGGUCCCCCAGGUCCCCCAGGAGGACUCAGAGUAGAAGAUGUUAAAAACACAUCUGUAGUUCUUACUUGGAGCCGUGGGACAGAAAAUCACAGUCCUAUUUCAAAUUACACUAUACAAGGACUGACCUUUCUAUCGAACCAGUGGAAAGAUAUGAAAACAGAUCCUCCACUUGUUGAAGGAAAUGCAGAAUCAGCCAAAGUGAUUGAUUUAAUCCCAUGGAUGGAAUAUGAAUUUCGGAUAAUGGCUACUAAUAUUUUAGGGAGAGGAGAACCUAGCAUACCAUCACAGAAAAUUCGAACAGAGGGAUCUCCUCCAAAUGUGGCUCCUUCAGAAGUUGGAGGAGGGGGUGGCAGCAACCGAGAACUAACAAUAACAUGGAUGCCUUUGUCAAGAGAGUACCACUUUGGAAAUAAUUUUGGAUAUGUAGUGGCUUUCAAGUCCUACGAUGACAACAAUUGGAAGCGAGUUACGGUUCCUCAACCUGAAGCUGGUCGCUAUGUUCAUAAGGAUGAAUCAAUGCCCCCUUCAUCAAGGUACCAAGUAAAAGUACGUGCAUUCAAUAACAAAGGAGAAGGACCAUUUAGCCUCACUGCCAUCAUCUAUUCAGCACAAGAUGCUCCUACUGAAAGACCUAAAACUGUGAAUGUCAAAGUCCGAUCAUCCACAGAAGCCUCUGUUUCUUGGCAGCAUAUUUUAAAUCCAGCUGUUACUGGGUAUGAGAUCCGUUACUGGCGUACUCAUGAAGCAGAACUAACUGCAAACAGAGUACAAGUAGGUAGUGAUAAAUUUUCUGUAAGGCUGGAAAACCUGAAGCCUGACACACAAUACUAUGUAGAUGUGGCAGCUUUCAACACAGCAGGCAUUGGACCUCCCAGUUCUCGUUUGGUUUUCAUUACAGAAAAAGCACCUCCAAGGCAGCGGCCAAGAAUUAUCAGUUCUGUAAGGUCCGGCUCAAAGUACAUCAUCACAUGGGACCAUGUCAGGUCACAGUCCAAUGAAUCCACUGUCAAAGGAUAUAAAGUGCUCUAUAGACCAGAUGGCCAGUUUAAUGGCACCCUGUUUAAGACUGGUAAACAUUAUAUAGAAGUUCCUGCCCCUGUUAAGGGUCAGUAUGUUGUUGAAGUUCGAGCACACAGCGAAGGGGGAGAUGGAGAAGUAGCGCAAGUAAAAAUUCCAGGACUUGCCGCUGGUUUAUCAUGUAGUUGUCUCGGUUUAUUGCUGCCUGCCAUUGGUAUGCUUCUCUAUUUGGAAUUCUGA